UCUACUUGCGACGGAAGUACAGCGUACAAAAUGUCGGUCCAGUCGCUAGUUAGCAAAAAGAAGAAGAGUUUUAUCGGGUUACCGGCGCCUCUCGGUUAUGUACCGGGUCUUGGACGAGGAGCAACUGGCUUUACUACAAGAUCUGACAUAGGUCCUGCAAGAGAAAUAGAUGACAUCUCUGAGGACCGCCAUCCUGUUCCGAUAAAGAAGCCAAAGAACCAGGAUGAUGAUGAUGACGAAGAUCUUAACGACGCCAACUUUGAUGAAUUUGCAGGUUACGGCGGCAGCUUGUGCAACAAAGAUCCCUAUGACAAAGAUGACGAGGAGGCCGACGCAAUCUACGAGGCGAUCGACAAAAGAAUGGACGAGAAACGGAGAGAGAGAAGAGAGGAGAAGCUGAGGCAGGAAUUGGAGAAGUUUCGACAAGAACGACCAAAGAUUCAGCAACAGUUCUCCGAUCUCAAGCGAGAUCUGGCUGAUGUUACUGUGGACUCAUGGAAUAAUUUACCGGAAGUCGGUGAUGCUAGAAAUCGCAAACAGCGCAACCCUCGUACAGAAAAAUUCACACCGGUCCCAGACAGUAUCCUGGCCAAGGCCGCGGCAUCGACGGGCAUGAAUACAACACUGAGUGAUAAAGAUCAGCGUUUCGAUGGUCUCGUGACUCCCGGGUUUUCCACGCCACAGGCCGACAUAGACAUGAAGAAAAUCGGCCAGGCCAGAAACACGCUGAUGGAUAUCAAAUUGACACAGGUUUCUGAUUCAGUCAGUGGACAGACGGUCGUCGAUCCCAAGGGAUACCUCACCGACCUGCAGUCCAUGCUCCCGUCCCACGGAGGAGAUAUCAAUGAUGUGAAGAAGGCACGCCUGCUCCUCAAGUCUGUGCGUGAGACGAACCCAAAACACCCCCCUGCGUGGAUUGCGUCGGCACGUCUCGAGGAGGUGACGGGGAAGAUCCAGGCUGCGCGGAACCUCAUCAUGAAGGGCUGCGAGGAAUGUCCCAACAGUGAGGACGUGUGGCUGGAGGCGGCCAGACUCAUGCCAGGGGAUCAGGCCAAGGCGAUUGUGGCUCAAGCGGUGCGGCACUUACCAAACUCCGUCAGGAUCUGGAUCAAAGCGGCCGACGUGGAACCGGAGCUUAAAGGAAAGAAGAGAGUCUACAGAAAAGCUCUGGAGCACAUCCCGAACUCAGUGAAGCUGUGGAAGAUGGCUGUCGAACUGGAGAAUGAGGAGGAUGCGAGGAUCAUGUUGAGUCGUGCCGUCGAGUGCUGCUCAACCAGUGUCGAGCUGUGGCUGGCUUUGGCAAGGUUAGAAAAUUACGAGAAUGCCCGGAAGGUGUUGAACAAGGCUCGAGAAAACAUUCCGACGGAUCGACAGAUCUGGGUGUCGGCUGCCAAGCUGGAGGAAGCCAACGGGAACACGCAUAUGGUGGAUAAAAUUAUUGACAGAGCACUGACGUCUCUGCGCGCCAACAUGGUAGAGAUAAACCGUGAACACUGGCUGAAGGAUGCAGAGGACUGUGAGAAGAGUAGCAGCAUUCACACCUGUCAGGCCAUCGUUCGAGCUGUGGUCAGUGUUGGUAUAGAGGAAGAAGACUGGAAACACACGUGGAUGGAGGACGCCGACGCGUGUGCGGCACACAGUGCGUACGAGUGCGCGCGAGCGAUCUACGCCCAUGCGUUGACUGUGUUCCCCAGUAAGAAGAGUAUCUGGCUGAGAGCGGCCUACUUUGAGAAGAACUACGGAAGCAGAGAAUCGCUGGAAGCACUUUUACAACGAGCGGUUGCCCACUGUCCUAAAGCGGAAGUUCUCUGGUUGAUGGGGGCCAAGUCAAAAUGGCUGGCAGAUGAUGUUCCGGCUGCUCGAAGUAUCCUAGCACUGGCGUUUCAGGCUAACCCGAACAGCGAGGAGAUCUGGCUCGCUGCUGUCAAGCUGGAGAGUGAGAACAACGAGUUUGAGAGAGCUCGCAGACUCCUACAGAAAGCCAGGGCCAGCGCCCCCACAGCCAGGGUUUUCAUGAAGUCCGUCAAGCUGGAGUGGGUCUUGGGAGAGAUCAACAAUGCCAAGAAACUCCUGGAGGACGCAGUUCGACAUUACCCAGACUUCGCAAAGCUUGCGAUGAUGAAAGGUCAGAUUGAGGAACAGAUGGGUCAGCUAGAGAUGGCCAGGCAAGCGUAUAAUCAUGGGCUGAAGAAGUGUCCGAAUUCCAUUCCUCUCUGGCUGUUGUUGUCUCGCCUGGAAGAGAAAGUUGGUCAGCUCACCAAAGCUCGGUCGAUUCUCGAGAAAUCUCGCCUCAAAAACCCUCACUGUCCAGAUCUUUGGUUGGAAGCCGUCCGAGUGGAAAACAGAUGUGGACUGAAAAACAUUGCCCACACGCUGAUGGCAAAAGCCCUGCAGGAGUGUCCUAACUCAGGGAUCUUAUGGGCGGAGGCUAUUUUCAUGGAGCCGCGGCCGCAGAGAAAAACGAAAUCGGUCGACGCGCUUCGCAAGUGUGAGCACGAUCCACACGUGUUGUUAGCUGCAUCCAAGCUGUUUUGGACAGAGCGUAAGAUCAGCAAGGCGCGGGACUGGUUUAACCGGACCGUGAAGAUCGACCCAGAUCUCGGCGACGCCUGGGCCUUCUUCUACAGGUUCGAGCUCAUGCACGGGGAUGAGCAAUCACAGAAGCUCGUUGCCAAGAAAUGUGUCCAGUCAGAACCUCAUCAUGGAGAGUUCUGGUGUAAUGUGUCGAAAAACAUUGAAAACUGGAGACUGAGGACGGAAGAGUUGCUCCCACUUGUAGCACGAUCACUUCCCCUUCCAACAUGAGAUCUUUAAAGAAGAUCUCUAAAAAAAAAAAAAAAAAAAAAACACAUAAAUAUUGGGGACUGAAUCCUGAUGGAUCAGUGAUGAUGUAAACUUCAUUCUGAUUGGAUAACUCAUUUUAUCCUUUCAACUAUCCUUUCCUUUUGACUGGAUAACUUGUGUUAUCAUUGGCAUCUUUUUGGCUUACUGAAGAUUUGAAAAUCUUAGAUGGUCACCGAUUGGAUAACUUGUGUUAUCACCUGCAUCUUAUAGACUUACUGUAGAUUUGAAAAUCUUAGACAAUCACUGAUUGAAGAAAGGGUUCAGUGUUAUCUGUAUUUUACUGGCUUACUGAAGAUUUGACAAUGUUACAUGGUCCCUGGUCUUGGUUAGUUGUAUCUCGAUUGGAUGCCUUUUGUGAACACCAUUUUGAUUGGAUCUCUUUAUCAUGUAUGUCAAUCCAAGGCCAUAGUAUGUACUAUUCUGUCUGUGGUAAUGAUGCAUUAUAAAAGAUGCCUUGCUACUAAUGGAAACAUGUAGCGGGUUUUCUAUCUAAGACUAUAUAUCGAAAUUACCAAAUGUCUGACAUCCAAUAGCCGAUGAUUAAUAAAUCAAUGUGCUCUAGUGGUGUUGUUAAACAAAACAAAACUUUAUCAGGUAUGUAAAGUACAUUUUCAUUGAAAAACUCAUCUCGUGAACUUCGUGUCGAUUGGGUCGCCAUGGUUUUGAACUUGAAUUACAAACUGGGUGGAUGCCAGUUUUUUGUUAUUUUCCAGUAUAAAUUGUCAAAGAAUAACACCUUCAGUAAAAUUACAUUUUCAUAGUUUACAAGAAUUUGAUUGUGAGUUUCAGUAUGCUCAUUCACAGAGACUUAAAUCCACUGAACAUUCAAACGCAGCUCUUCUGGACGCACUGCCAUAGUUUUCUGUCCUUGUGGUAAAUGUGGGGUGGGGUGGGGUUGGGGGUGGGGCAGGCGUUCUGCCAGAAGAUGAUGGGUAUGAACAACUAUUUGGUAUUACUAGUAGCAGGAUUCCCCUCUUACUCGCUGUCAGCCAAAUGAAAUAACCUAUUUUAGACACUGAAUAAUCAUUGUUUAAAAUGAGCUAAAGUCUUGUGAAAUAAAUAUUUCUUCCCUUAAGCUGUAAAUCCUAACCGGAUGCAAGUGACGCGAGAAAUUAUUUUAGAAAUCAUUGGUUUCAAUCGCAGUAUCCUAACCGCAUGCGUAAGGCGCGACAGAUAAUUAUGUAGCAGUGUACGCAUGCAGUUACGAAUGCAGCAAUUGAAAUCGGUGAUUUCUAAAAUAAAACGCUCGCGUCUGGUUAGGAUACAACUUUAUUAUAAUUGAAGAUUAGCAUAUCCGGUCUGCUCCUCUACACCCCUACCCCCAACAGUCUAGGAUUUUCUUCAGCUUGUAAUUUCAAUGGUAAAACCUAUUUUUUCAGGGACACAUCACUGCACCAUCCACCCCCGCCCCCAGGUUUCUUAAACCUGUCUGGCAUUUGUAAUUUAAAACCUGUUUCCUAGGUAUGUAGGUAGGUAAGUAACUAGUUUAACGUGCUCAUAUACCACUAGGGUUUCGAAUACGCCAUAUACCACUAGGGUUUCGAACACGCCCUAUACCACUAGGGUUUCGAACACGCCCAUCACGAGUCCGAUAUGAUCAGGGGCCUGACUCGGGACAGGACGUAAUUACUUAACAGAUAAUUUUGAAAUUUUUAUUCAAGUCCUAAUAAUAAAUGGGAGAAAAGGGGUAAUUAAUUUUUAGAUGCGCCAAAAAAAAAAAAAUUAUAUAUUAUAAUUAAAAAAUAUACCUAACAACUUCAACAUAAGUGGCGCAAAAUUUUAAUGGGUUAGUCUAAAAUAAAUUUUAUUUAUAAAUUUCAGACUUGCCAUUUGUGACACCCAAUAGCCGAUGUGCAUUUUUGUACUGGGGUGUGGUUAAACAUUCAUUCAUUCAUUAUAAAUUUUAUGGACAGCUGAUAACCUUAAUUAAAUUUAGGUCCAAGGAGGUUAAGAAGAAAGGUUGUACUAAAUGUACCUAAUAACUGGUGUAUAUCAGCGAUAUGUGAAGUGUGAUGUAUACCUUGUUAUACAUUUUGAAAAAUAAAUGUCUUGCACUGUAA